AUGGUAUUCGACCUCCCGCCCAUCGGCACAGAAGAGCGCCAUCUCCACGACAUCAAAGAGAUCGAAGCACUAGCACGCGGGGUGUUGGACGUCCAAGCCUGCCCCGACCGUAACCUCUGCGAAGGCUUCGAACGCCUUGUCGAACUGGCGGGCACGCGUGACUUCCUCAUGGGCGCCGCACAGCUUGCUCACUACACAAACCAUAUCAAAUGCCUGCGCGAGGACCGGUACCACCUGGGAUACGUGGCGCCGUGGGAGUUUGUGCACAAGAUCAAGUACACUUUCAUUGGGCUUGACAAGCAGCUUGCGACUUUUUUGGCGUCGGUGUCGAGCUCCUUCUUGAAUGGGCUCACGGCCACGGCGUCGGCGACGGUUCCGAUGGUGUUGGAGGAACUGUCAAAGUUGGAUCGAAGGGAUACGGUUGAAGCGCUACGCAGCUUCAAGGAAUUCAUGGACCUGAUUCAUAUUCCGAAGAAUCCCGCAGAGGUGGAAUUUGACACAUCCGAGGUUAUCAGAAUGGGACUACACAGGGAAGGGUUCAAGAUGUUUCCUCCGUCCGAUGACGAAGGACUGGGCUUGCGGGACGAAUUUGAGGAGCCGCAUCUGUCGAGUUACGAGCAGCUGCCAUCGUACUUUGAUACCUAUGGCAAAUCGUCGAAAUCUAUGGGUGUGUUCGUCCGCUUUGUUGCGUCGGGGCAGAUAUCUGCAGGCGUCGCGCAACGUUCUAGUGCGGCCGAGGCAGCGACGUCUAGCAAAUAUGGAUCGUCGCAGAAGGCCGAGGCAAGCAGGGUUGUUGCUCAGCAGCUGGCUGGGGUUUCGACGGCAGCUUCGACCGUCAACCGAGCCAGUAUUGCCCCGGCUGUUGAAGUGUCGUUCCCGUCGAGCAGCCCACGCCGUCAUAUUGCUGGAAACAGGACGGCUGAAAGCAGGACGACCAUUCCCGUGCGCCGACGUCCUAAGGGUCGCCCACCACACGCGGCGGGCUCGAAUGCGGGAUACACACCGGUUAGUGGAGCGUUUAGUGACGAUGUUCACUACUCUACUCCGAACGUGCUGCACUACGAGAUUCAAGAGGUCACCGAUUGGGUUCAGGCCGCUCGGGACGCAGGUUAUCCACCCCUUUCUGAUUCCCGCGACACUACCACACCUCGCAUCGUACCGCCCAGCAUUCAUCGCACCAAAGCGAGCCCGCGAACAAACACAGCAUAUCAUUCCUCCGGCCCCCGGACAAACCACAUUACACCUCCACACGCAGGACGUGGCAGCAACACCGCCGGUCCAUCACGACGGCCAGUCCGAGUCCCGGAACCACCGGCCACGCCCAGCCCGCCGAGGCGCCUGAGACAACCCAGCAACUACACACUUCAUACCUCAAUGGCAACGCCAACCUACCCAUCGGCCGGCUUUGCCUUGCCACUAGACAUACACCACCCUCAGUAUCACAUGAACUAUUACAUGCCCGCGACUUUCGCCAACAACGCAUACCCGGUCUAUACCACGGCAACAAACUACUGCAACACAUAUCUGACACAAGUUUCGCCCUCGCCCUCUGCGGGUACGGAUUACGCGUACUGUCAGUCGACGCCGACGUCGCCGUACGGAUUCGCGACCUAUUCUGACAGCUUCGCAAUGUCGAAUGGUUGCGUCCCUACUCAGCAUAUCCUGGCGCCGCCGCAGAAGCGCAAGGGCGGCCCAACUGGAGCUGCUAGUGACUUGGGUAGUUCAUCCGUGCCGGUUAAAAAGAGGGCGGUGAAGCGAUCCAGGACUUCAAACCCUGCGACGUCCGUGAGGGCCCACUGA